UCAGUGUCUAAUCGUCGUCAAUCGUCAUUGUUGUCGCCGCAUUUUCUCGUCUCGAGUUUUAAAUUCGUUUUUGUGGUCUGUGAUCCUAAUUUAUAUCAAAAUAGUAUUGAAUGGGAAAUUUUAUUUCCAUUUAUCAACCCUAAAUUUUGGGUAUAUACACAAUUCAGCUAUAAUUAUUCAUUUAGCCUUUGUUAUCGAAAAAGACUAAAAGAUGCCGAACAUUAAAUUGCAAUCGUCCGAUAAUGAGAUAUUUGACGUUGACGUGGAAAUCGCCAAAUGCUCAGUUACUAUAAAAACCAUGUUGGAGGACUUGGGAAUGGACGACGACGAGGAAGAAGUGGUUCCAUUGCCGAACGUGAAUUCAGCUAUAUUAAAGAAAGUUAUCCAGUGGGCUACUUUCCACAAAGAUGAUCCACCUCUACCGGAAGAUGACGAAAACAAAGAGAAGCGUACUGACGAUAUUUCUUCAUGGGAUGCAGAUUUCUUGAAAGUCGACCAGGGCACAUUGUUCGAGUUAAUUUUGGCUGCUAAUUAUUUAGAUAUUAAAGGAUUGUUGGAUGUCACGUGUAAGACUGUAGCUAACAUGAUAAAAGGAAAAACACCUGAGGAGAUUCGCAAAACAUUCAAUAUCAAAAAUGAUUUCACAGCAGCUGAAGAAGAGCAGGUGCGCAAAGAAAAUGAAUGGUGUGAAGAAAAAUAAUAGGUUAUAAUAAUUUACAUCUAACUACAGUAAUCAAAAUGUAUUAAUUUCUGCUUCUUUCAAACUAAAUCAGAAUUUAAGUAAUGUUCAUUUAGGUGUUAUUGACUGCAGCAUUGUUACUAUACAAUGGUAUAAAUGUACAAUAUUACAUUAUAUAGCAUUGUGUAUGUAUAUAUCAUCAGAUAGAUACUAAAUUUAUCCAUAAUUCUUGCAAUUUUGGUUAUUAUAUUAUAACAAACAAAGACAAACUUGGGGUCUGCAGAUUUCUUCAAUAUUCUAAAUUCCUUAUUAAUUAAAAAUGAGAGAGCAUUUUGUAGCUUUGUGUAUUUAUGGUAUCAUUUUGGUGUGUACAUUCUUUUAGUUAUAAUUAAAAUAUGUUAGUGAAUAAAGUAUUUUAUGUCAAAAAUAGAAAAACCAUUUCAUUUAUUCAGUAUUAAAUGGGUACUUGUCUCGAUGUUAGUCAAAUUUGUAAUUGUUUAAACAAUCUGACUGAACAUUAUUGAGAAAAAGGGAGUUAUGUAGCCAGCUAUAUGCUUGUAAGAUACAAAUUUAUGUUGUUGUUCACUCGUGCAAUAGCUUAUGGAUGGAUAUCUUGUAUUUCAUAAUUGAACAACUAAGUUCUCAAAUGUUUGCAUCAUCUGGUUAAUGUUUAAGACUAAUAAAAUUGAAAUGUUUGUUGUGCAUAGGAUUAUUGUUUUGUGUUCUAAGUAUUUUCUUUCUAGUUUAAAACAUUCCCUUUCAUUAGUUAUUGUUUUUUAUACUGAGGCAAAUAUAAACAACUAGGAAAUUUUCCUAACUAAAUUGAGGUCUAUAGUAAAUAAAAACAGCCCAUUAUUAUUGGUAAUAAACUUUAUUUGUUUCUAAAAGUGUAAAAGCUAACUAUACAAAUAAAUAAAAUUGAACUGUC